AUGAAUACCAUAAAGAAUAACGAUGACAAAAACCCAGAUGCUCAUCAAAAAGGGUGGCUGAAUCUAAGCCUAGCACCAUAUCUAGGAGAAUCUUGUUCAAACUUAAGACGCACGUCGGUGAAGCUGUAUACAUGCAACUUUUGCAAGAGAAAGUUCUACAGUUCACAAGCAUUAGGAGGUCAUCAAAACGCGCACAGAAAAGAGAGAGAUGCAGCUAGAAGAUACAAUUCCCCAAAGACCAUGAAUGCGUUUGAACAAUUACUCAAGGUGCAUUCCUUUGGUCAAAAACCAGGAGGAGAUGGAGAAACAACUGUCGCAAGGUUUACUGACAAUGGAGCUCCAUAUGGAGUUGCUUGGGAACACCCGUAUGUUGGGGAGGAAGAAGCAAACAUGAAGUGGCAUGGAAGUUUUUAUUUGAUUCCACAACCAGCUUCUCGGGAAUCUGAUCCGUAUAAGCUUGACUUGAAUCUCAGGCUGUAA